AUGAAGAUGCAAGGCCCGUACCCUCGUCUUCGCAAUCAGAUACCGUACCCAAUGGAGGGUGGAACUGGUGCUGGCAGUUUGGGCACGUCGCAUCUCGCAUCUUCGGCUAAAGGCGGCGAUGUCGGCGGUGCAUCCGGUGGUGGACCUUGUAGCGGUACCAGUGAUCAGCAGGGUAAGGUAGAGGUCAAGUACAGUAAGCUCGGUAGCCAGGAUUUCGACUUCGAGCAGUACAACCAGACGGAACUCCCGAAUGCUUACUGUAACGCGAUGCUGCAGGUGCUGUACUUCAUCAUGAAGCUUCGCAAAGCGAUCCUAUCGCACUCGAAGGACAAGGAAGGAGUGGAGGAAGCAACAGCAUCCAGCUGGAUCACCAGGAGACCAAUCCGGAACCGGGGGAAUUGCCGUUUCGUUCAACGGAUCCAGCACAAGUACCAAGAUGUGUCGUUACGGGACGAACUGCUCACGAGUCGAUUGUCACUUUGCACAUCCACGCAAAUCUUCAACCUGCGUCAUAUCAGCAGCCCCGGCCGGAGGGGCGGCAGCCACGCAUCGUCAUCAAUCUGUUCCGACGGUGAAACCGAGCCACAUGAGCGUAGUCCGCAUCACGUGCAUCCGGGGACAGGGCGAGGAUGAGGUUGUCCCGUUCAUGGAUGAUUACAACUCGACGCAGGAACGCAGGUGGUCGACUAU